AUGUUGGUGACACACGAAAUUUGUAACAAAUCAUCUGCCAAGUUAGUGAAGAGUUUCAACCCUCUCCAGUCAACGCAGUGUCGUGUUACCUCCUUUCCUUCCGACGAAGUUUCCGAUGCAGUGCAGAGGCAGCACAAAAACAAGGCGUGCGGAGAGGACGGUAUUCCCGUAGAAAUCUACAAAUCCUGUCUCGACACCCUGGCUCCUCGGCUUCAUGAGGUGAUUGUGGAGGCGUGGCGAGAAGAGGCCGGUCCCGAUGACUGGGGCUCAGGCAUCAUUGUACCUGACCACAGAAGGGAGAAAGCACAAGCUGCGAGAACUACAGCAGCAUAA